GCGAGUCUAGGAGAGGAAAGAGAUGCAGGUACUUGCGCGGAAUCUAGUUCGGAGAGUAUCAAGAACUCAGGUUGUCAGUCGUAAUGCAUAUUCAACCCAAAGGGUCAGAGACAUUGGUCAGCCAACUCCAGCAUCUCAUCCUCAUUUAAUGGCAGAAGGAGAGGUCACACCAGGAAUAAGGAUAGAGGAAUACAUUGGUAGAAGGAAGAAACUUGUGGAGCUUCUCCCUGGGAACAGCUUAGCCAUCAUUUCUUCAGCCCCCGUGAAGAUGAUGACUGACGUUGUUCCAUAUACGUUCAGACAAGAGGCUGAUUAUCUGUAUCUAACUGGUUGCCAGCAACCAGGUGGUGUGGCUGUUUUAAGUGAUGAACGCGGUUUAUGCAUGUUCAUGCCGGAAUCAACUCCUAAGGAUAUUGCUUGGGAAGGAGAAGUUGCUGGAGUUGAUGCAGCGUCCGAGGUCUUCAAGGCAGACCAAGCAUAUCCCAUAAGCAAAUUACCCGAGAUUCUUUCAGACAUGAUAAGACAUUCGUCAAAAGUGUUUCAUAAUGUUCAAACGGCUUCGCAAAGAUACACAAACUUGGAUGAGUUUCAAAAGUCAGCAUCUCUUGGCAAAGUGAAAACUCUUUCAAGUUUAACACAUGAGCUGAGGUUAAUUAAAUCACCUGCAGAACUCAAAUUGAUGAGAGAUUCUGCAUCUAUUGCUUGCCAGGGUCUUCUGAAAACAAUGCUACAUUCAAAAGGGUUUCCUGAUGAAGGCAUUUUAUCAGCCCAAGUUGAAUAUGAGUGCCGGGUAAGAGGUGCUCAGCGAAUGGCAUUUAAUCCUGUAGUCGGUGGUGGCUCAAAUGCUAGUGUUAUUCACUAUUCACGAAAUGAUCAGCGAAUAAAAGAUGGUGAUCUUGUCUUGAUGGACAUGGGUUGUGAGUUACAUGGGUAUGUUAGUGAUCUUACUCGGACAUGGCCACCUUGCGGAAAAUUCAGUUCUCUUCAGGAAGAGCUAUAUGAUCUUAUACUUCAGACAAACAAAGAAUGCAUAAAACAAUGCAAGCCUGGUACAACCAUCCGCCAACUAAACGCAUAUUCGACCGAGUUGCUGUGCGAUGGACUGAUGAAGAUGGGCAUCCUGAAAAGUCGUAGACUGUAUCACCAGCUGAAUCCGACCUCCAUAGGUCACUACCUUGGGAUGGAUGUGCAUGAUUCUUCUGCUGUGGGAUAUGACCGUCCUUUGCAACCUGGUUUUGUGAUUACGAUUGAGCCAGGAGUCUACAUUCCAUCUUCAUUCGACUGCCCUGAAAGAUUCCAAGGGAUUGGGAUAAGGAUCGAGGAUGACGUACUGAUCACUGAGACGGGCUACGAAGUGCUCACAGGGUCAAUGCCUAAGGAGAUCAAACACAUAGAGACAUUGUUGAAUAAUCACUGCCAUGAUAACUCUGCGCGAAGCUUCGCCAGUUUCUCUUCGCAAGGUUAAAGGUUGCAUACGAACUGUAACUCAAGACGAUUGUUUUGAAUUAAACAUCAUUGAUAAUAAUUCAAACAAAAUUUCAAACGUAAACUCAUUUUCCUUGCGUUUGACUCAUAGAAUGUUUCAUAGUGUGUUAAAGAAAUCAUGACAUUGUAA